AUGGAUAUUCUUCGCCACCAGGGGAAGAUGCAGAAAUGGCCAAAAGGGCGAGAGAGCAAGACCAACAACGUCUACUUCCUCGUACUCCUCGUAGCUCUUCGCCACCAGAGCAAGAUCCAGAAAUGGCCAAAAGGUCGAGAGUUAAGUGGUUCGCUGAAAAUAGGGCGAGAGAGCAGCAAGACCAACAACGUCGCUGUAAAUAAACUAGUGGAGACUGCUCCAAAUGUCAAGAGAGACGCUGCUGCAACAUCACAAGUGCCUAAAGAAGCUGCUAAUACUAAUGUUCGUAGAUCACUAAAAUUUGUGGAGAAGAAUUCAAGUAAAGCGGGACUGUCCAAGGCUUUAGGGAAACAAAAGGUUCAAGCCUCGCAGAAGCCAGUUCCUCCAUGUAAUGAAACUACAAUUGAACUUUGGAAGCAGAUUUUGAGUACUUUGGGUGAGAUUGGGAGUACUAGAGAGCAGAUGCUCAAACUAAUGACUGAUGGACAAUGCUUCGGAUCACGUCCUUCUGCUGCGGGAUCCUCCAAGAGACAGCGAGCUGAGAAGGAGCAAGAGAGAGGUGACAAUGAAGAAGCGGAGAAACUGCAGGAGCAAGAGAGAGGUGACAAUGAAGAAGCAGAGAAACUGCAGGAGCAAGAGAGAGGUGACAAUGAAGAAGCAGAGAAACUGCAGGAGCAAGAGAGAGGUGACAAUGAAGAAGCAGCGAACAAGAAGGUGCAAGAGAGAGGUGACAAAGAAGAAGCAGAGAAACUGCAGGAGCAAGAGAGAGGUGACAACGAAAAAGCAGCGAAACUGCAGGAGAAAGAGAGAGGUGACAACGAAGAAGCGGCAAACCAGAAGGAAAAGGAGAGAGGUGACACUGAAGAAGCAGAGAAACUGCAGGAGAAAGUGAGAGGUGACAAAGAAGAAGCAGCGAACGAGAAGGAGCAAGAGAGAGGUGACAAUGAAGAAGCAGCGAAACUGCUGGAUCUGAAUCAACCAUCGCCACAAUAA